ACAGAACAAGAUUGAUGUAAAUCUAGGCAACCACUCAAUCAGAAAUUAAAUUCCGGCUGCUCGCAGAAUUCCCAUAACUUCUGAAUCCCUAUAGAUUCGAAAGUCCACAGCUUGGAUGAAAGAGAUAUUGUUUGAUAAUUGAUACUACAACCUCUAUUACAUACUCUAAUUUACAUACUCAAAGCCUGAGCAACAUGACAGACAUCACCGACGCAGAGAACGAAGCCCGUAUGCAACGUGGAGAAUUGUAUUACGCUUUUAAACCUUCAUUGGUUGCUAAACGAAAGAAGGCAGCGCAGACUGUUCAUGACUUCAAUUCGGCCCAUGGAGCUUCGAGACGAAAACUCGUCGAGUUGUGGAAAGCGUUGGUCAAUUCCACCCGUUUGAAUGUUCCGUCUUAACUUGUGCCUAGUAUUGCUGAUGACAAUACGCCUCUACCACCUCCUGCAUCAACUGAAGAAGAAGACGAAAUCCUUUUGCAGGAUGAGCCCUAUAUUGAUGCCCCCAUUACUAAAGUUGAUUAUGGGUUCAACGUAAAGUAUGGAUUCCCAUGUCACUAUUAACAUUGUUAAAAGCUCAUUCUUCUUAGACUUGGUAAAGGUGUUUAUGUCAAUUCCAAUGCGACCUUCAUAGAUACUUGUCCAAUCACCAUCGGUGCUCGUACUAUGAUGGGACCAAAUUGCUCCUUUUAUUCUGGAAAGCACCCCAUCGACCCGUUCCUCCGAAAUGGUAUCAAAGGCCCGGAAGAUGGAAUGUCCAUUGUUAUUGAGGAGGAUUGUUGGCUUGGUGGGAACGCGAUUGUUUUGCCGGGUACUACCAUCGGAAGAGGAAGCACCGUUGGAGCAGGUAGUGUGGUCACAGGAGAUGUUCCAAGAUUUUGUGUUUUAGCAGGAAACCCAGCACGUAUACUUCGGAGUAUCGAGCCGAAAGUACCAAACCCAAACCCGGAUUCAAAGGCCUUGAGUGAUGAAGUGGCGGUUGCAGCUGCAAGUAUAAUCGGACCAGUAUAA